CGCUCAUUGAGUAAACGCUGCUGGGAGCGGCGUCGUGCUAUAGACACCGAUAAGCGGUAACAACGACAGCUACAACGACAACGACAACGACAACGACGACGACAGAGUUGAGAGACGUCGACGUCAAUCAGUUAACAAGCGAGCGGCAUUGUGCACAGUAAGCGCUCUUAACGGCCAGUUGUGGGGAGUCUACAGCGGCGGGCGAUCGAUUAACGACGACGUGGUGCUGAAGCAAAGACACCAACAAAACGCACCAGCCAAAAAACAAAAAAAUAACACAUCCAUAAAAAAUUUGCUGGUGUACAACUGCGAAAUGCUAAGCAAAAAGUGAUUUUAAGCCAUGGCUCAACUCAAGCAAGUGGGCCAAGGUCAGCUAGCUGCCUUGGGCCCGGUGUUUGCCUCAUUGCUGAUGCUGAUGGGUCUGGUCUUUGCACUGCUUGGCAUCAAAUUCUGGGGCUUCCGACGACGUCUCACCUUCGAUCGUGGCAAUCAGUCCUCCAACAGACGCUCGGCGCAGCAGCAGGCAGCGAUGCCGCCACGUUAUGCCGCCUACGAGUCUCAGGUAAAUGGCACCGAUCAUGCAGUUCAAGGCGUAUUUCGUCAGCGAAAUUUGGAGGAAUUUGAAAGUGCACCAAGUGCAGGCAACAAAUAUUUAACGGGCAGUGUGCCGAAUCUGCGACUAGCCGAACUGCCGCCUUUGGAGAGCAGCAGCUCUGUGGCGUUUCGAGCGCAGCCGCAGUCCAUGCGACGCUCUCGUCACAAGGUGCACAGCGCUAACUUCGAUUACUAUGGAGAGCCACCCACGCGCCAGCCUCCAGUACCACCAGUGCAGACUUUGCCUGCACCAGUGGCCGAAACUGAACCAAACUCAAAGCUGGACAUGCCCAACUUUGAUCAUUUUGCUGAGAAGUACGAGCUGGUGAGCGCCCAGCCAGCUGUUGAGCAGCUGAAGGCGCCGAAGAGCAACGUUGGCAACUAUCUCAAGUACGAGCAGGUGGACGAUGUGCCAGAGAUACUAACACCAGAUGAUGAGCAUGCUGGCGCAGCCAUUUCAGUGGCUGCUGUAGUGCAUCAAGCGACGCCAGUCACACCAGUCACGCCCAUUGAGCAGCCCUUGCCCCUGGAGCACACGGACUCGGCAUUUGUGGUUGAGAUUAUAGCCGGCACACCUGACACCAUCGAACGCGUAGAUUCACCUAUAGGGCAUCAACUGUUUGCUGAUUUGGAGCUAACGCAGCAUGAGACACAACCGGAGUUUCGACGCACGCGCUCCUCCUACGAGAUGAACGAGGCUGACAUACUGGAUAUACAGACAGACUUUUCGGACGUGCCGCUGCCUGGCAGUCCACCAGGCUUUGGCAAAAGCAUUGACGAUGACUGGGAGAACUUUGAGGAUCUGCACACGGUUGUAGAACUGCCGGAGCCCAACUGGCUGGCUCAUCCGCAAGCAGAGCAGCUAAGCUCUGUGGAAACUACACUAAGCGAAGCUAAUCUGCAGUUGGAGCAUGUGGUGCAACAACAAUCAUUGUUCCAGCAACUGGAACUCAUAGAACCACAAGACGUAACAAUUGCUACAGAGCCAGAGCCUCCGCCGUAUUCCGCUGAACGACCGCAACUGCCGGACUAUGAGUCACUUAUGCAGCUCGACAGCUUCCAGGGAAAACGUAACUUGCCCAAGUAUGCGGAUGUAGUCAGUCAGGAUCCUGCCAACAGCGCAAGAUUUGUAAGCAGCAUUGAAGAUCUGCUCGAAGAGCUGCGCGUAAGCGAAGUCACGCCACCAGCAGAGCAAGUGCGCACCUUUGAGCAACUCUACGAAGAGCUGGAGCCUACGAACUCGCCAUUGCCCGCUCGACGUCCUCCACAGCCUACGCCGCGUAUAACAAAACCAACCACACUCAAUGUGCGCGGCAAUGCGCCACCUUUGACUUGCUACACGCCCGAGGAGCUGGGCAGCUCCAGUGCAAGCUCUGAGGCAGAAGCGGAAGUGGAGACGCUAGUCGUGGCAGCACCACAGCCUGCGAAGCGCGCAGGACGCACUUUGAAAGUGCGCUUCGAUGUGGAGAACUUGCGCUACUAUCAGUCGGCGGAGGUGCCAAGCUCGAAUGAGUCCGAGGAGGAGGAUUUUGAGUCAGCCAGCGAGCUUAGCCCGCAGUCACCCAGGAACCUCGACUUAGCAAUGCCCCGACUGUUUGCCACGCAGAUCUCGCAAGAAGACAGCGAUGAGGAAACAUUUGGACGCGCCAUACGCCAGCAUCGCACCAUGACAGACGCACUGCCUUCAAUUCUACAACUGGAGCAUCCCACACUUAUCCACAAAGACACGGAGGCCUAGCUCUGGCGACUAUAGCGCUUCAAUUCCUUAGCAUAUAGUAGAGACAGUAUUCUACAUGUACAUCCUAAAUCUUCUAUAUAUGUAUGUGUAUGUGCAUUACCAGAAUAAAUAUAUAUAUAUAUGUAUGUAUGUAAAAAGUGUAAAGUAGAUAUUUGCCAUAUAAUGUUGAUUAUGUUUAACUGUACGACCAAAUAUAUACGCUAUCAUUUGUAAAUAAAGAAAAACUAUGUAUAAACGCAAUAAAAAGUAAAAUA